UGAGUCGUGACCUGACAGCUGGACAGAGAAGGCAGCUCUGUCACAAACUCCUGCCAACAUGCCGAUACCGUAAAUCGGGAAUCAAAGGCAGAUUUGUUGGUGCUGGGAAGGUGUGGACUAACAUGGAAAGAAAUGACUUACCUGGGUGUGUCGUCAAACCCGCAGGUAAUUUCGACACUCUCUCCAUACUAUAUCCUGGCUGACGUAACUGGUGUUCCCGAAGUUCCAACAAAAGAGUAAGAAACGAAAUGGGACUUCUGCUCACACCUAUUCACACGAGCUCCCGAGGCCAUCUAAUUUAGAGAUGCAGUCAGUAAUUCCUUCUGUUCCACCACCACCACCACCACUUCUUCCACCUCCACCUCCUCCACCACCACCUCCACCCCCUGGACUUCCUCCAUCCCAACAUGGACCUGGCCUCAUUGGCCGGCGGCGGUCCAGGAUGCGCAAUUUCAACUGGGAAACCCUUCCCAAACACAGUGUAAUGGGGAAGCACAACAUCUGGACCGCUGAUAAGACAGAUGGGAAGUAUGAGCUGGACACGGAUCAUAUGGAGGAGUUGUUUAGCCAUAGUCAGCAACAGCUCAAAGGCCUAAACCAUCCAAGUGUCAGAGGGCAACCACUUUCUGGUCCAGGAAGGGAACUGGUUUCCAUCCUCAGCUCCAAGAGGAGCAUGAACAUUGGAAUAUUUUUGAAGCAGUUCAAGCGGCCUGUGAAAGACAUGAUCCAGGACAUCAGGUCAGGCAUGGCUCUCCGUUUUGGCACAGGGAAACUACAGGAGUUGUGCAGGUUGCUGCCAGAUGAAGGGGAGGCAAAGCAGCUGGUUGGUUUUAAGGGGGACCCAGCUGCUCUUCCUGAAGCGGAUCUAUUCAUGCUAAAGCUGGUCCAGAUUCCCAGUUAUGAAGAGCGUCUGAAAUACUUGGUGUUGAAAGAGGAAUUUUUCCCCCUCAUGAAUGAAAUGAGAAAAUUCAUUAGCACUCUGGCAACUGCUGGACAAGAGCUGUUAGAAUGCGAAAACCUCCAUUCUGUCAUCCGCUUGGUACUGAAGACUGGAAAUUACAUGAAUGCUGGUGGCUAUGCAGGCAGUGCAAUAGGCUUCCGAAUGUCCUCUCUGCUGAAGUUGGCUGAUACCAAAGCAAACAAACCUGGAAUGAAUCUGAUGCAUUAUGUUGUGAUGCAAGCUGAGAAGGCAGAUGGAGCACUGCUUCAAUUUCCAGAACAACUCAAACACAUCGAAGCUGCAGCAAGAAUAAAUAAAGGCGACAUUGACGCUGAAUUUGAAAGGCAGGUGAAGAAAAUCCAAGACGCCAAAACAAACACUAUGAAACAUGAAGAUUUAAAGGCACAGAUGGAGGUUUUUCUUCAGGAAGCCCAAAUUUGCCUGGAGGAAGUAGGAGCCGAUCGGGAAGAACUGCAGUCAGCGAGCGACUCUGUGGCCGAGUACUUCUGUGAAGAUCCUACGACUUUCCGACUGGAGGAAUGUUGCUCCAUUUUUCACUCGUUCUGUGAAAAGUUCAGGCGAGCCAUGAAGGAAAACAAGGCGAGAGAGGUGGCAGAGAUCAAGCGGAAACGCAUUAAUCGAUUCGAUAACACGGCCAAGCGCAGAUCCACUGCUACCUGCUCCAGCAGAGACAAAGACAUGGAUGGUAUUGCAUUAGAAUAUGCGCUCCAAAACAUUCUUACGGAUCACAUGUUUAAAAAGAGAUCUGCAAGGAGUUCUCCAACACAAGGAAGCCCCAGGAACGGCAGUCCAGCCAAUGGGAGCCUAUCAGAAGUCGGCUCACAGUUAAGUCUUCCCUCUGAAAAUCAAAAGCAUCGAGACAUUUUCAGAACCAAGGACAUGUGCAGAAAAGAGUGGAACUCAGCAGCUGAACUCACAGAAACAUUUGCAGAUAAGUCACGUUUUGAGGAAAAUAAAGCAAAAUAUGACAAAAUCCACGAUGAAGAGAUUAAAAUGAUUAAUGAAGAAAACUCUAAGGGCUCGAUACAACCAGCCAGAUUAACUACAAGCAUCAUCUCCACAAUCAGGGCUUUCUCCGUCACUGCCGAGGGCGAUGAGGAGGAUGUGCAAGACAACAAUGAGGAGGAGGCGCAAAAGUUACGUGAAGCAUCCAAGAAGGUGAUGCUGUAUCAGAAGAGCCGUGGCAGCACCUCUUCAGCCGAAAACCCUCCGGAAAAUCUGAAGUCUCCCGCUUCAAAGUCCACUUUGUCUCGUCAGCUGACCUUUGAUGAGGAAACACAGAGGUACUCUGAUGACCCGACCAAUGAGGAUCUGGUUAAAUUUUUGCUCGGCUCGCAGACUUCCUCAAAACGCACCCCCGUUCGCCGACACACCAUGCCUACGAACGUGGCUCAAGAGAAGGAACAGCAGUGUAAUCAGAGGAGUCGGUCAACCGCUAAAAGUCCAAAUCAUUUGGCACAAGUCAAAGAAUCCCAGCUGAAACAAGCUGUUGGACCAAAACCAGUCUUUGAUUUUAAUGACGCUUCUCACUACCUUCAAAAGUCAUGUGGUCAAGACCAGAGUUCCUCAUCAGCUGGAGAGAAAAGUCAACCAAUGGAUUCUUCAAUCUGUGUUUCAGAUGGGGGGUUUCGGGAGCUAAUCCGAGAGGGUGAAUCAAUGGAGAGUGCAGGCAAAGACCAGCAGAUAAACAAUGAAAACAUUCUUCCUCAGACCUCGUGGUUUAAGUCCGAGAACCCUGGAUUUUUCUUUAACUUCCUUAAACGCCUUGGUGAUUUGGGCAAACAGCCGCACGGCAGGGAGGCUCUUCACAAGGGUACCGACUCCAGUGUGUAGGCGCUCCGGACCUGUGGGAAUUAGAUGAAAAUGUAAUAUGUAGCUUUUAAGCUUCAGUAAUUUACAUGUUAUUUAGAAUCAGAGUUGAAUUAAAAUAAUAUAUUAGUGAGAUGUGUUUACUAAUGGUGACAGUUUGCUGAUUUUAUUUAAAGGGAAGAGUUGCAGGUAGCAAUUUGAAGACUUCUUUUAAGGAGGUAGCUUGUAUUUUAUACCACUAGAUGGCAGGUUUGACAGUAAGAUGAAAGAGGAGGGUGUGUGUGAGUGUGUGUGAGGGAAGUUUUGUGAAGGCAAGCUGUAUGUUGUUGAAUAUCAAAAGAAAGAUGGGCAAAGUCAGUGUUAGAGGUUUGUUUUUGCUGACUGUGUCAGAACGUUGGAUAACGAGGAAGUGCCAAAAAUUUGGUAAGUAAGAAAAAAAAAAUAAGAAUGUGCAGAGGAAGUGUUGAGAUUGGAGAUGAGAUUACAGCAUAAUCUGUUAAAAUGACUUGUUUUUAUAUGAUUAUGUACAAUUUUGAUAAUUUUAAAAAAAUGUGUACCAUGAUCUGUGUAUUUCCAUUCUGAUUUGUUGAAUUCCCGGUCUGUUGCUGCAGAUUUGCAGGACCUUUUGUGUUUGUUUUCACUGUGAAUUCAUCCUUUGUUUUCAUCUAAUAUGGGUCAGUGUUACAAAGGCUUCCUGUGUGUGAACAGAGCUUAACCACGGAGAAUCUGUGGCACAAUUCUGAUCCUAAAAGAACUUGAGAAUAUGUUUUUAUUGUUGACCUUUGAACAGCACAGCUCAGUUAUUACUGUUAGCUCGAUGGAGGAAGUCUUCCAGUGCAUAAAAUAAAUCAAACGUUAAUUUAAAUAUCCUUAAAAAGUUGGAAUCACUAUAGUUUUUAAAACUUGCAUUAAUCCAACCAAGAGAAGACCAAGUAUGACCAUGGAAAUAAGAUCAGAUUGCUGCAAAUGUUGUUUUGAGACAAAAUGUUUUUUUUUCUUCCAGUUUAUGUCAAGUUAAAAAAAGGGGCCCAGUUGUGUGUUCGGAAUGUUUUUAUGACUGAAUCAAAAUAAAUGAAUAAAACAUUGAAGAACCUGGAUAAAUUUA